AUGGCCUACACAACAAAGUACCACGAGGACUCGGAUGCCGACGACGAGUUUGAGCGCCAGGCCAUCUCCAGCCCGACGCUGCCCGCCGAGUACGAGAGCUCGCCCACCAGCUCAGGCCCGCUGAGCACCGAACAUACCCCCACAACCUUCACCCAUUCCCGCGACAGCAAGAGCAGCCCCACGGGACACAUAAUGGAAUGGAGCGAAGACCAGACGGCCGACUUCAUUGCCGACCUGGGCCUGGAGCAGUAUGCCGAUACCUUUGCUAACGAAGGUAUCACGGGCGAUGCCCUAGCCGCCCUGCAGCACUCGGAGCUGAAGGAGCUGGGCGUCAGCAGCGUCGGCCACCGCCUCACCAUCCUCAAGGCUGUCUACGACAUCAAGAUACGGCAGAAUGUGCCCAUGGACCCGGAUGACUACGUUCCGCUGUCUGCCGACACAUCGGCACAGGAAGCCCCGCCUACGCAAGACGACUUUGCCAAAGUCAUUCGGGUAGUCCAGGCGCGCGACGAGCGCAUACAUACCGCCGAGUCGGAACUGCGCCACCUCCGAGAAGACCUCAGCCGCGUCAUAGAAGAGAACAAGCGCCUCCGCGAGGAGAUACUGCCACUGGUGCGCAUGUUGAAAGACAGCCAGCCGCUCCCGACCCCCCACGAGCACUCUGUCACCUCGCCACCAGCAACGCAAGAGCGAUCUACUGGAAGUAGUCUGUCGCGUAAGUUCUCCACCAAGAAGCUUUUCCUUGGAUCUGCGCCAAAGAACCCCUCUCCAACCAUUCAAGAACAUCGCACUCUUGUCGAUCAUUCUUCGUUGGAUCCUUCAGCAGCAGCCGUCGCAGCCUCCUCACACCUCACAGCAUCUCUUGGUGGUGGCGGCCCACAAAUGUCGCCCAACUCCAUCGCCCAGCCUUCGCCCACAUCGCCCGCCUACGGUCAAAGCCAGAAUCGCCAAUACAACCGCGACAUUCCUCGCAGCAACCACGACCAUGAUACCAACUCUGGAUGGAGCCAAAACAACACAUGGAACUCGGACACCACGGCCGUAUCCGACCGUAACCGCGAUCCCCGCGCUACUCCCGCACCACUAUCUUCACGACCUAUGCGAAACAAUGCCGCGCCAACACCCAACCCUGACGAGCGCGAUCCCCCUCUGUCCGGUGGCAGCUCAAUGAAUGCCUCGACAUCCAACCCCGCUUCUUCGACGCCCUCGACGAACCCCCAAGUCGAAAUAUUCAAGUCUUUCCGCGUUUCCAUUGACGACCCGUGCCACAAGGUGCUUCCGGUUGCGCUGAAGAAAUACAACAUCACGGCGGAUUGGCGACAGUAUGCCCUGUACAUUGUGCACGGCGACCAGGAGCGAUGCUUGGGAUUGAAUGAGAGACCCUUGAUUUUGUUCAAGCAACUCGACAAGGAAGGACGGAAGCCAAUGUUCAUGCUCCGGAAACACGCAGCGCCCCAAGAAGGCCACGUUAGCACCGUGGGCGGCAACGACUUGCGGCCUGUCAACCCUCAAACAGAGAGCUUUGGAUGGGGCAACCAAAAUAGAGGGACGCCUCUGCCUGGUGGCGUGCUGUAA